AUGCCUUGUAUCAAACAGGAGGCGGAGUCAGAGACCCCCUACAUCAAAGAAGAAGAAGAGGAAGAUGAAAUCCCCCAGUUUCCAAUGUGUUUUAGUGUGAAAAUCGAAGAAGACAAAGUUCCAAGCGAAGAGAGCGGAGCAGCAAAACUUUCGAGCGACAGCUCAUUUCAGCACCUGACAACAAAAGGAGAGGGACAAUCGCAAACAGACGGCCUCUUAGCUCCGCUUUCGGACAGCGACGACGUAACAUCACACUCUUCUGACUUCAACACUGAUGAGGAGGAAGAUGACUUUGACCAAAAUGCUUCAGAAUCCUUAAACAAGUCAUUGAAAAAAGACACUCAAGAAUGCGGAAUGAGGAAGGCUUUUCCCUGCUCAUUUUGUGAUAAAACAUUUUCUUGGAAACAUCUUUUAAAAAAACACAUCCGUAUACACACUGGGGAGAAGCCUUUUGGCUGCACAAUUUGUGGUAAAAGAUUCACUCAGAAAGGAAGUUUAGUCUUGCACGAAAGAAUACACACUGGUGAGAAGCCUUUUGCCUGCUCACUUUGCGAUAAAAGAUUUUAUUCUAAGAGUGAUUUAGGAAGGCAUAAGCGGACACACACUGGAGAGAAGCCUUUUGUCUGUACACAUUGCGACAAAAGAUUUUCUGGGAGUUCUAGUUUAAGUAGACAUAAACGUACACACACUGGAGAAAAGCCUUUUGCCUGCACAAUUUGCGAUCAAAGAUUCACCGAUAAGGGACAUUUGAAAAAACACACACGCACACACACAGGGGAGAAGCCUUUUGCCUGUACACUUUGCAAUAAAAGAUUUUAUCAGAAGACUUAUUUAAAAUUGCAUCAGCGUACACACAGUGGAGAGAAGCCUUUUGCCUGCUCACUUUGUGGCAAAAGAUUCACCCAGAAGGCACAUUUAAAUAUACACACACGCACACACACAGGGGAGAAGCCUUUUGCCUGCACACUUUGUGAUAAAAGAUUUUUUCAGAAGAACGAUUUAAAAAAUCAUCAGCAUACACACACUGGAGAGAAGCCUUUCUCCUGCACACUUUGCUUUAAAAGGUUUUAUUGUCAGGCUUAUCUAGAAGUGCAUCAGCGUAGACACAGUGAGAAAAAGCCUUUUGUCUGCACAACUUGUGGUAAAAGUUUCGCCAACAAGGGAGGUUUCAACCAACACACAAGGACACACACUGGAGAGAAGCCUUUCUCCUGUACGCUUUGUAACAAAAGAUUUUCAUUGAAGAGUCAUUUAGAACGACACACGCAGACACACACUGGAGAAAAGCCUUUUGGCUGCACAAUUUGUGGUAAUAGAUUCGCUCAGAAAGGAACUUUAGUCUCGCACGAAAGAUUACACACUGGAGAGAAGCCUUUUGCAUGCUCACUUUGUGGUAAACGAUUCACUCAGAAAGGAAAUUUAGUAAUGCACGCAAGAAGCCACACUGUGGAAAGACCUUAG